AUGUCAGGCAAUAUCCACACACUCGGCGGCGGACGCUCUUUGGGAGGAGAUGGCGACGCAGAACCUCUUCCAGCAGCCUGGGCAAACAGAAACACGCAGCCGCGCAUUGGACGCAUUGGUGGCCCGUCCAGCUCAACACCCGCUCGUGGUGGUGGAGGUCGUGUUGCAUCUCUUCGUGACUUUGCCAACACUCCCGGUGGCUCAAGCCGAGGUCCUCGCCGCGAUGAUGACGACGAAGACGGUCCGCAAGACUUUUUUGCAGGUGGAGAAAGGAGUGGCCUCUCAGUUCAGAAUCCCGCCCAUGGUGAAGCGCGGGGAAGCGGCGGCGCUGCAAACCAGGUACGAGACAUCUUGCGCAAAGCAGCAGAAGGAUCACGCUCGAUGGCAAACAGAGAACCACCUCGUAGCAGCGCAUUCUUUGGAACAGGAAACACUCUUGGAUCCGACGAGUCCGAGUCUCAGACCGUUCCAGACCCAAAUGCGCGACCCGAUGCCGAAGAUACCGCUAUCCGCAACAUUACAUUCUGGAGAACCGGAUUUACGAUUCAGGAUGGACCUCUGCUUCUCUAUAGCGACCCAGAGAGUGCAGAAUUGCUCGAGGCAAUUCAGCAGGGAUUGGCACCACCAGAGGCAUUAAAUGUUCGAGUCGGUCAACCUGUAGAGCUUAGGGUUGCAAAGCGACUUGAUGAAGACUACGUACCGCCACCCCCGGGUCCCUUUGCCGGCUCCGGAAACCGCCUGGGUAGCCCAGUCCCACCUGCCGCGCAACCAGCUGCUGCUGCGGCCUCUACAUCUACAGCAACAGCCUCGAGCUCUGCAGCUGCACCACCAAGCAGCUUUGAAGUCGACUUGACUGCACCAAUGACGAGCAUCCAAAUCCGCUUGGCUGAUGGCACGAGGAUCGUUAGUAGGAUGAACCUGACCCAUACCAUUGCAGAUAUUCGCAACUUUAUCAACGCCUCUCGCCCCGGUACAUCGACUAGACCAUACACUAUCCAAACGACGCUUCCGGUCAAAGUUCUUGAUGACGAAACGCAGACUAUUGAAGCGGCGGGUCUGAAGAACAGUGUUGUUGUUCAACGAUGGCUCUAA